AUGGGGCAGAAAAAGAUAUUCCUGGUUUUCGUCGCCAUCAGCACUGUCAGUCUUCUGCUGCUCCAUGGGGGCCACUUGAGCUGGAACAUGGAGGCCUUCAACAUCGGUUGUCCUGCAAUCCCUUCCCACCCUUCUCCGGGCCUGAAACCUAAGCACAAAAAUGUGGUCUUCCUCAAGACCCACAAAACUGCAAGCAGCACCAUGCAGAACAUUCUUUUCCGCUUCGCAGAGCGCAACAACCUCACAGUGGCGUUGCCAUUGCAGAACUGCGGCCACCAGUUCUGCUACCCACUAUUGUUCACUUCUCACUUUGUCCACCCACAAACGCUACCGGCGAACAUCGUCACCAACCACAUGCGCUUUAACAAGGCGGAGAUGCAGCGCCUGAUGCCCAACGGCACAAUUUAUAUCACAAUCCUGAGAGAGCCGGGCUCCAUGUUUGAAUCCUUGUUCAGCUACUACAACCAGGUUUGUCAGAGCUUCAGGAGGGUCCCCAAUGGCUCCUUGGAGGCUUUCUUAGAGGAGCCCCGGCGCUACUACCGACGUGAUGACAAGUUCUCCAUGUACGGACACAACGCCGCGACCUACGACUUGGGCGGAGACAAGGACCGCCCAGACACAGAUACGGCGUAUGCGCAGAGCUUUGUGGCUGAAGUGGACAAAGUUUUUUCCCUGGUGAUGAUUGCCGAAUACUUCGAUGAGUCGUUGAUUCUCCUUCGCCAUCUCCUCUCUUGGGAUCUGGAAGACAUCCUGUACAUUAAACUGAACAUGCGGAUGUCGAGCUCAAAAAAGAGCCUAACAUCGGCCCUUUCUUCAAAGAUCCGUGCCUGGAAUGUCAUAGAUACACGUCUCUACGACCACUUCAACGCCACAUUAUGGCGCAAGAUUUCAGCUCUGGGUCCGGCUUGCGUGGCAAGGGAGGUGAAACUCCUUCGGCAAGCCCAGGAGAGGCUAGUAAAGAGUUGCUUCGGUGGGCGGACGCCGCCUCUCCGAUCGGCUGCGAAGAUCAAAGAUAAGGAACUCCGUCCCUGGAUUCCUAGUGGAAAAGUUGACAUUGUGGGCUACGAACUCCCGGUAAAUCUCAGCAUGGGCUUCACGAGACAGGUCCACGAGCUCUGCCUCAAGCUCAUCAUGCCCGAACUCCAGUACACAGAAGUGCUCCUACGUUCGCAAUUACUGCACUACCGCCGAAGCCACCAGCUGCGGCCCGCACAGCAGUCACAUCCCCCCCCACAGCCCAAACGCAAAUCCCUGCCUUGGCAUCCUCAAGUGCAAAGUGGCCAACUGCCACCUGCAGCCCCGGGCUCCGCAACAGUCACAAGGUCCACCUCCACCUCAAACCCUGCUGCAGGAACUCAAGGUCGGACCACAAAGUCAGGGAAUGAAUCGACACAGACUCAGGCCUCACUGACUCCAAAUUAG